AUGUCCCCCAUAGCCCUCCAUGAAGACCUCACCAUCGAGCGGGUAGCCAUCAUCGGCGCUGGCCCAUGUGGCUUGGCUGGUGCGAAAUAUCUUGCUGCCGAGAAGAAGUUCACCAAGAUAGAAAUCUUUGAGCAGAGGGCAGACCCUGGUGGUGUCUGGAAUUACACUGCACUCAACGUCAUCGACGACGAGUUCACCAUUCCCAGGACCAAGCCAACCACCUCGCCCGACACGGCGAUAUCAACGGGAGGUGACGAGGCCGCUCAGUUCGUCUCGCCUGUCUAUGAUCAGCUCGAGACAAACAUCCCACACACUCUGAUGAACUACUCGGAUGCCAAAUUCCCCAAGGACUGCUCCCUAUUCCCACCGCACCAGCUCGUCCGGCAGUAUCUCCACGAUUAUGCUGAAGAGCUCAAGCCUAUUUUAUCACUUCAGACACAAGUCUUGAGCAUCACCAGAAGUGCCGAGUCCGGCUGGGAUGUGCGAGUCCUCGACCUCAAGACGAAGCAGGAGAGGACAACACGGUUUGACGCCGUGCUGGUGGCCAGCGGCCAUUACAACGACCCCUUCAUCCCCAACAUCAAGGGCUUGGCCGAGUUUGACAAAGCCAAUCCGGGAUCCAUUUCACAUUCCAAAUUCUACAGGCGUCCAGACCAGUAUGCUGGCAAGAAAGUCAUCAUUGUCGGCAACUCGGCCUCGGGCAUCGACCUGAGCGCACAGAUUGCCACAGUCUGCCAGCUGCCCAUCAUUGUGUCAGAAAAGGUCAAGCCCAACGCCGUGGCUCCUGCCGAGGACCGUGCGUGGGCCAAGAUGGUGCCCGAGAUCAAGGAGUUCGUCCCGUCGACCAGGAGCGUCGUGUACGCAGACGGCACCACAGACGACGAAGUGGACACAGUCAUCUUUUGCACAGGAUACUUCUACUCCUUUCCUUUCCUCAAGCUCGGCAACGACGCCUCAGCUUCCGCCACCACCACCGCCCCAUCCUCCUCUACCAGCACAGCCGGCAGCGACGAUGAGGCGUCAUCGCCAUCACCAUCAUCAUCAUCAUCAUCAUCCCUUCCGCCAAUCAUCACAGACGGCUCUCACGCCGCCCACCUGUACCAGCACAUCCUGUACACCCACGACCCCACCCUCGCCUUCCUCGGCAUCCCGCAGCGCAUCGUGCCCUUCCCAGUCUCCGAGGCCCAAGCAGGCUGGGUGGCCCGGAUCUGGUCCGGGCGCCUGCCAACGCCCAGCUUCCAAGCCAUGACGGCCUGGGAAGCCGACCUGAUCGCCCGCAAGAUCGGCCCUGCCAACGCCAACACCAAGACAACGAGCAGCCGCGCCGCACUGCACAACAUGGCCUUCCCGCAGGACGUCGAGUACAUCAACGCCCUGCACGCCGAGUCGCUCUCCGCACGGCCCGAGCCGGAGCUCCUGGGGCCGGAGAACAACGGCCAGGGCAAGAUCCCGCCGUACUGGGGCGCCGACAAGGCCUGGACCAGGGAGCGCUUCCCGCUCAUCAAGCUCGCCAGCCGCGCGCUCGGGGACAGGCGGCAUGCCGUCAGGAGCCUGGAGGAGCUGGGCUUCGACUACACCAAGUGGAAGAUGGAGAAGGACCUGGAGGAAAAGGCCGAGGCGCAGCUGAUAUGAUUUUCUGUGGUUUGUUCUUGUUAUUAUUGGCCGAGAGUUGGCACAGAGCGCGUUUUUCUCGCGGUUCUUGCACACGUCGUCUCUGUAUAUAAAUGGUGUAAGGGGGGCUUUGGAAGUGGACAGGCUCAGCAUUGCUUGAGCCUUUGACUGAC